CUAAACGGCGCAACUUAUAAAUCUGAAACGAAAUUUUCUGGCGGCGGUGUUGGGCGUAACAUUGCUGAAGGUUUACAAAAGUUAAAUGGAGCUGUGAUGUUGAUAUCAGCAUUUGGAAACGAUCAAAACGGAGAUUUUUUAAGAAAAACAUUACCAGAUCAUGCGACUGUUGGGAGUCAAAUUUCCGACACAUCUCCAACUGCCAAUUGUGCUGUAAUAUUAGACAGAAGCGGAGACUGUAAGCUGUGUGCCGGUGAUAUGACGAUUCAUGCUGAGAUAACUCCCGAUGUGAUUAAAAGGAAUGAAAAGCUGUUUAUAAAGACGCCUCUUAUAUGUAUCGAUUCCAACCUUUCCAUUGAAGCUAUGGAAACCAUUUUAUUGCUGGCUAAACGACUCCAUAAACCAGUAUUUUAUGAACCAACUGACAUGUCACUUGCGGGAAAACCUUUCAAACUUGAUAGAGAUUGCUAUGAACAAAUUAAAUUUAUUUCACCGAAUCUUCAAGAAUUACGAAGCAUUGCUGUAGCAUUGAAAUUGUCAUCUGAUUUUGACAGCCAUUCACAAAUCGAAAAAGAAUUCAAAACAGUUGUCAAAGAACAAGAUGAUGAUUUUCGAGAAAUCGUUGAACUGUGUGAUGCGUUGCAGGAUCGAAUUGACAAUAUCGUUGUCACAGCAGGUUCUCGUGGCGUGGUUGUUCAAAGAAGACGAGGGAGAAAUGCAUUUUUCAACUCAGAUUUUAUCUAUGUAAACGAUAAAAUGGAAGAAAAGGGUUGUCGAUAUUACCCUGGAGAGCCAUUGGAUCAAAUUGUGAAUGCAUCCGGUGCUGGUGACGCGUUUGCAGCUGGUUUUAUUGCAGGAAUGCUUAGCCACAAGCCCGAAGAGAUUUGUGUCUCUAUCGGAUUACAUGCUGCGACUUCUGCUCUUAUGUCAACUCGUGCUGUACCGAAAACAUUUUUUGAUCGAGGUCAUCAGUGCUGGUCAACACCAGCAGUGUUUAAAACUCUUACAUGA